AUGGCCCCCCACGCAGAACUACCAUUACACGGCUCCCAAGGCAGGGAUCUGAAGAGCGAGGUACAGGUCUACGUUCGAAAAAUGGUUGAAAAUGUCAAGGGUGUAAAGGCAUUGCUUCCUAUAGAUACACCGGAGAAAGCUGACCAAGUGGUUCCUUUCUGGGUUGGGUACUACAACAUCAUAGCCUUUACGACGCUGGAUAUUGAUCUCGAAAAUGCACUUCUCGAGCAUCCAGACAUUUGCAAGCUUCUGCCUGAUCUUAGACUUGUCAUGGGAGCAUGCGAGGGUGCCUUUGAGACGACUUGGGCUGACCGGGUUGUGGCUGCAAGAGAUCCAAUUGAAGCCCGAAAGAUAUUCAUGACAACUCCAAUCCAUGAAUUUUACGAGUAUCUUCUAAAGACCGAAUGGGCUGCAAUUAUGUCGGUCGCCGGUCAAACACCUGAGUCUGUAGCGAUGUUGGGAUCUGGAGCUAUGCCGGAGACGACAAUUUGGCUAUCCGACUGGGCCAAAAAGCAUGGUAAGAGACUUCGAAUCCAUAGUUUAGAACUCGUACACGAGCGCACAGAAAAGAGCAAGCAGGUCUUGGAAACUCUCUGCGGCACGGAAGAUUGCACGUUCGAAACGGGUGACAUCAAGGACGCCCCGAAGGAUCUUCGACAGCAUGAUGUCGUAUACUUCAAUGCUACCGUUGGGGCAACGACCGAGGAAAAAGAAGGCAUUCUAUUGAGCGUUGUCAGCCGUAUGAGGCCAGGAUCAUUUGUGCUGACACGAAGUACCCACUCCAUCAAGACAAUGGCCUAUCCGGUGACCAGCCAAACUUCAAUCAGUGCGGAUAAUGGAGAAGCUGAGGCCAGUCCUCACUACACAUCUGAAUGGUGA